UAAUCGUAAUUAGUUUUGUUUGUGAAUUGAUUGAAAUUUUCAAUUUUAUCUGUGAUUUUACUACUAUUCUGAUAUUAUUUAUUGUUGAAUGUAUGUGGAAGUGGUUAAACUAUAAAUUUGAAGCAACAAGCAUACAAGGACUUUGCCUUUUCAUAAAGUUAACAGAUUGUACCUUGUUUAUUAAUCCUUCAAUAUUAUUAUUGCACAAUGGAAGGUUUUGGCCGACGGGUAACUCCACAACAAAAGAAAAAAUUAAUCGAAUUAGUUACACGCCACCCUAAAUUAAUAAGUUGUAAAGUUUCUGAAGGUUUUAAAUACAAAGACUCGCAAGUAUUAUGGAGACGCAUUGCCGAAGAGCUGAACUCUUUUAGGGGAACUGGAAACGGAGCUCGUAAAACAUGGAGACAGUGGAGGAAGACUUGGCAUGAUCUUCGUGCCAACAUGAAAAAACGUCAAUCUGAAGGCAAUGGUGAACUACCAACCUCUGUGUUUAGCCUUACUCCUGCUGAACAAGAAGCCUUAGGGAUAAAAAAUGUCUCAUCUACCACCAAUUAUCAGGAGACCACAGAAUUUGUUACAUUGGGCCAGGAUAACUCAUUAGAACUAAAUAAUGAUGUAAAUAAUGACUUGGAUUCAGUAGGAUCUUUUAGUGAACCAGAGUCACCUCCUGAAUCAAAAGUAUUUGAUAUACCAAGGGCACAUAACAAAAUAGCUACCAAAGAUAGAUGUUCUGAGGAAUCAAGCAGAUGUAAUUUUAACUGUGAUAGUUUAGUAGCCACUGAGCAGAAGAAGUUGCAAAUGAAACAGGACUAUUUGAAUUUUAAAAAAGAUUAUUUGCAACAGAAAUUAAAAAUUAUGCAAGAACAAGCUGAUGCUUUGCAAAGUAUCGCUAAAGAGUUGUCCAGGGCUUCAUCAAGUAGCAGAGGUGAUGCAUUGGAUCAUUCUUUGAUAUCACCGAAAUAAUGUAUUGGCGUUGAAAGAUAUAUUUUUGCUAGAAUUGUCAGAAUAGUGAAAGAGUGCACGAGAAAGAGUGAGUGAUGAAUACAGGUAAACCUAACAAAUCACAAAUUCAGGACGGAAGAGAUUGAUUCCUUUAUGAUAUGUUUGUUGGAUUUUAAUUCUGUGAAUAUUGAAAGUUCAUGACAUUUUAAAUGCAUAUAACAGAAUUAGAAGUCAUUCUAAGUUUAAUUAAUUGUGUCUGUGAGACAGCCCUACUGUGUAUUAAGUUUCAUAAUUUAUUUGUGUAAGAAUAUUGAAUGAAAGUAAAUUUAUGAAAAAGCUCUAGUGAACUUUGGUACCCUACAAUUUUUUUUACUAAAGUUCAUGUCCGUUUUUCUUGUAAAAUUUAUGUUGCAUAAAAAUGAUGAAGAUUUGUUGAAUGGACUUUAACAUGGGAACUCUAAAAUAAAACUACUGAGAAAACCUGUAUUAUUUUAAAGUUGUUUUUAAAUAUUGUAUUGUCAUAAUAAUAAUGUAAAGCAAUAAAUGUAAAUUAUGCUGGAAACAAAUUUAAUUAUUUUCCGAAAGGCACAUCCUUUGAGUAUAAGCUAAUGGCUAAAUAACGAAUCUUUUGCUACAUCUAUUGAACAGACCUGGUGAAAGCUAUCGGACGUUACUUCUAUUCGUGUAGUAACUUUUUUACAGACUUGUGUUAA